AAAUCUGAAACGAAUCUAGGGGAGGAGCAGGUCUGUAAAUCACUGAGGAGACGGAAAUGUAGAGUGUCAAAAUAAGAGUGAGCUAGAAAAAUAUGUAGUUUGAUGGCAAAUGUGUUCUCUGUGUGUGUCAUAGAAAGUGAGGAAACAGCAAGAUGGGCAUGGAUGGAUGGGGAUAAAAAGUAAGAGAGAGAGAAAGGAAGAGAAAAUAGUUUGCCAGGUGGCCCCGGGGGUAUAUCUGUAUCAGGCUCUGUUAGUGGAGAUGGCUGUUACAUUCCAGCUAGUGCUAUGUGUCCAGGCUGCCUCUCAGCCCAAAUCAGUGUUUUCCUCUGUGGCCCCUGCAGUCAUCUGCCUGUCUGUCACCCAUGGUCAUAUAAUGGCGGUAAGGAUGGUUGAUACUUGCUCACAAAAUGACUUAUUUUGGAUAAUGCUGAUGUAUCACCUGGCUUCAUGCAGGUGUACUGGGUGGGACUUUGUUCUGGCUUUCUUCUUGCCUGGCUACUGCAUGACCUGGUGCUCCAUCCUCGUUGGCGACUGGUUGACAGAAUGUAAAGAGGCAUUCCUAAAAGAUCUUUCCAAGCAGUUCAGAGGUUCUGAAAACCAUAUGGAAGCAUAGUCAUUCUAAUAAACUUUGUAUAUCCAUGCAAUAUUGUUUGGACUGAUGGUCCAAUUUACUCAUUAAAGCAAGUUAGCAUAUCUUUAGACCAUCUAUUCAGAUCAUUAUGAAUCCAUGUACUAAGGACAAGUCCAAACAGCACCUGAUCCAGCAUCCUAAUCCAGUGGCGCAACACAUGCACAAUUUUUUUUUUCUGCAUCAGUGUGGUCCGUUAUAAUAAGAUUUGU